AUGGAGUUGGACAAAUUAAAGGCAGCAACUGCUCUAAACCUGUUAAAGGAAGAAUACGCUAGAAGAAUGAAUGGGAAGCUCUGCUUGAGACAAAAGGAAUUGCUCUGGGUUUAUGCCAAUGGGAGGAUGGAAACAUAUAAACAAACAUCAUACAACAACACCAUGAUAUCCGAAUAG